CGUGUUUCUUGUCGGACUUUGCUUCCUCCUUUUCUGGUAAACAUUGCACGCUUUUUGGCUGAUAUCUUUCUCUGUAGGACGUCUAUCUGUUUUCAAAAGCUUUCUUUUUUCACCAUAAAAUGGCGAGUAGUCUUGAAACAGAAAGAAAAUCCGAUGUUGUUGUGAUAGGAUCUUGUUUCAUGGACAUGCUCUGGUACGUGCCACGAGUUCCCAAAUCAGGAGAAACGCUUCACGCUACAAAAUUCCAGCUCGAUUUUGGUGGAAAAGCUGCAAAUCAAGCCGUAAUGGCCGCUAAACUUGGUGCUAGGGUGUCAAUGGUUGCAAUGCUUGGAAAAGAUAAAUUUGGAUUUGAYACUUUAGAAAACUUCAAGAAAUAUAAUGUAAAUACUGAUUUUAUUCAAAUGGAGGAAGGAGGAACAACUGGCGUGACCACUAUAUCUGUGGAUAACGAUGGCCAACCAGCCUUCAUUGGCCUUGCUGGAUCCAAUAAAUCUUUAACAAUGGAACACAUUAAACUGGCUGAGGACCUUAUAAAAUCAACUCCUGUAGUAAUCUGUGACAAAGGAAUUCCACUUAAAAUAUCACUWAGUGCUUUGAAAUUUGCUAAAGAUUUAGGCUGCAGGACACUAUUCAACCCUUCACCAACUAUUGAGCACCUGAAUCCAGUGGAAUAUACUUACAUCAGUGUGUUAUUAAUAAAUGCAAUCGAAGGAGAAGGGUUGACUGGGAUUCCUGUGGAUGGCGUGGAAACAGCUAAAGAAGUUGUGAAAGAGAUACAUCAACGAGGUUCAGAAAAUGUUGUACUUACUCUUGGUAAAGAUGGUGCUGUUUGUUUGGAAAAGAUUCAAGGUAUUCCAGGACAAGAAUAUGAUAUUUCAUAUGUUACCACAAGUCAAGUAGAGACAGUUGACACUACAGGUGCUGGGGACAGUGUUGUUGGUGCCUUGGCAUACUUCCUUGCUUGUCAUCCAUCACUUCCAUUUAAGGAGGCUGUUAGGCGUUCAAUUGCUAUAGCAACUAUCACUGUGACAUCUCAUGGCGUACAGUCAAGUUAUCCUGCAAGACAAGAACUUCCAUCUUACCUAUUUGAUGACAUUUAACAUAAAAAUAAUAAUAAAAAUAAAAAUAAACAUAAAAAUACAUAGGAAUGAAAAACAAACUUUAAAUUUACUGUUCCUGCUUUUUAAAAAUAUAAAAUUGCAAAUAAUUUCGAAUUUUGUAGGCAUUUUAUACAUAAAAACRUAAUUUUAACCUUUUUUAUUGUUUUCCCUCAAUACUUUGAGAUAUUCAAUAUUUUUGCCUCUACUGAGUACUUCCAAUUAUUCAAUUUUCAUUUCAAAAUUGUGUGAUGCAUUUSCUUCARAUUUUACGAASAGAUAAUUUGUCUCCCAUGACAUUCGCCAUUAUGUUUAUUUAUACAAAAAUAGGGCAGUCGAGUGACUGCAUGUGACUCAGGCCAUUAAGAGAUUUGACUUCGAGUUUGCUGCGUUACAUGGYAAUUCUAAAUUUAAUUGCUUUUCAUGCAUAUGAAAGCUCCUUUGACAUUGGCCACCCAAGUUUCACUAACUAUUGCUUGAGAGAAAGCAAAGAACAAAUGCGCACGCUUUUGUUAUUGGCGCGCACUCUUAGCAAAGUGUGGGUUAUCUGUGGCAUUACGUCAUUGAUCCCUUACCUAGCGASAUCAAAAACUAGUUUAUCACAUGAAAGCUCCUUUUGACAUAGAGAUUCAUUCUUUUCCUCCUCAAACAAUGGUUGGGCAGCCUGUGUUUUUGAAUGGUGAACGGUGAUAGGAAGACCCACAAUGCAUUUCGCUACCCUGCUAAGGACUAAAAGCAUUAAGUUGUGAUCAAGCAUUACGUUGUUUAUGAAUACACACCAAGCGGCGAUUCCCAGGGGCCAAGGAACCUAUUGUUAUGGUUGAUGAUUUCUCCCGUGGGGGCCUGACGCGGUGCGCCCUGUUUGCCUGCCUAAUAAACAUAUCCGUCUGAAAGAUACGGAAAAGGAAUUGUUAUCCAAGACAUGGAGUCCUUAGAGCUUUGAUUUAGCUUUGCUGUAAAUUCUCGAACGUUGUUUUGUUUGAUAAAAUGUUUAUAUUAUUUUAACUGUAUGUUUACGGCA